CCAACAAAACAUGGAAAAAGAUACAACUCUUGGAAUCGUGUGUGCUGUUGUUUCUGCAAUCACAUUCGGUUCCACUUAUGUUCCAUUGAAAUGGUUUCAUAAAGGAGAUGGGUUGUAUUUCCAAUGGGUUCAGUCACUUGGACAGCUUUUGGUUGGAGUUGCUGUUGCAAUGACAACAGCUCCAGCACCAAUUCACCCUAUUGCGAUGUUGAGUGGGAUGUUCUAUUCAGUCGGAAACUCUCUGACAGUUUUCAUCAUGGACGGAAUUGGUUUAGCAAUUGGAUAUCUUCUCUGGAAUACUGUUACUUGCGUUGUGGGCUGGGCUGUCACCCGAUUUGGACUGUUUGCCAACCCUCAACAAUAUCCAAAAAGUGACUGGUUAAAUAUUUUGGGUGUGGUUACGGUAUGUGUUGGAGGAGCUAUUUAUGCACCGAUCAAGCAUAUCCCCGCAAGAGUGAGACCUGCUCCAUGGAGUUUGGAAGAAGAUAAUUAUAAAGAUGACCCAUUGGUUGUGAAGGAGGUUUCGUGCACAAGAAGAAUAUUAUGCCUAUUCCUAACAAUUUUCGUUGGUUUCCUUUACGGCAACUUCUUGACCCCAAUCAACUAUAUAAUUGCCAAUGAGCCCGGUUCACAUCAAGAUGUUCGUGCAUACAUCCUUUCUUAUUGUCUUGGAUCAUUUGUUACAUCUACUGUAAUCUUCUUCGUUUACUCAAUUGUAAAGAAGAACGUUCCACUUGUGAAUGCGGAGUUAUCAAUGCCAUCUAUUAUUUCUGGAAUUUUAUAUGGAAUUGCGGUCACAACAUUUUUCAUGGCAAAUCAACACUUGGAUCAAGUUAUCGCGUACCCAAUUCUUUCCAAAGCUCCUGGAAUAAUUGUCAGCUUGUGGGCAAUUUUCUUAUUCAAAGAAAUUCAAGGAAAGAAGGAUAUUAUACAAUUGUACAUUGGAAUAUUCGUGACACUUCUUGGAAUCGCAUUCAUUUCUUUGUCAAAAGUAGAAUUUUGACGAUAAAAUAAACACCGUUUUAUUGAAAUACCUUAUAAACAGUUUAUC